CUGGAAUUGAAACCAGGAGAAAUGGUUAUAGCAGAAGGCAGCAAGAGCUGUACUUUCUUCCAGUAGUAAUAGAAGACAGCAGUUACCCUGUCCAGACCAGCACAAACACAAUGACUAUCCGUGUUUGCAGAUGUGAUUCUGAUGGUACCAUCCUGUCCUGCAACGUGGAAGCAAUCUUCUUACCAGUAGGCCUCAGCACAGGAGCGCUGAUUGCAAUCUUGUUGUGUAUUGUUAUACUUCUAGUCAUUGUGGUACUGUAUGUAGCACUACGGAGGCAGAAGAAAAAGGACACCCUGAUGACCUCUAAAGAAGACAUCAGAGAUAAUGUUAUCCAUUAUGAUGAUGAAGGAGGUGGAGAAGAGGACACCCAGGCUUUUGACAUAGGUGCCCUGAGGAAUCCCAAAGUGAUUGAAGACAACAAAAUACGCAGGGACAUAAAACCAGAUACCUUGCGUUUUCCACGUCAGAGACCAUCAGUGGAAGAUAACACAGACAUAAGAGUUUUCAUUAAUCAAAGGCUGCAGGAAAAUGAUGUAGAUCCAACUGCACCUCCUUAUGACUCCUUGGCAACCUAUGCUUAUGAAGGAAAUGGAUCUGUUGCAGAGUCUCUCAGCUCUAUAGACUCCCUUACCACAGAGGCAGACCAGGAUUAUGACUAUCUCAGUGACUGGGGACCUCGCUUUAAGAUCUUGGCAGACAUGUUCGGAGAAGAAGAAAGUUAUAACCCUGACAAAGUCACUUAAGUACAAC